CUUCUUAUACUCACUGUGGAACCUAAGGGGUAUAUCCUCCACAUUGUGUAAAAAUGAUGUUUGAUCCUGUCUUAUCUGAUCCUCCCCUUCUUCCAGUGUCUCCCAAAUAUCUCCUGAUAGAACAGAACCUAGGGGCAAGCUGCACAUGCUCCGUUUGGUGUGUACUGCAAGAGAGUUUUUUUCCUUGGGAGAGUGCAUGUGAUCAGCACAGGGCCAAUCAGCACUGUCCAAAAAGAGAGGUCAGGGGUUCUGCAUCCUCUUAGAGCAAAAUUAAAACUCAUCCUACAAGCUUUAACCAGUGCUCUGCUGGACACUGAUAGAAGUCACAAGACUGCUCUAACUGCUGAUGAGAAAAGGUAUUUAG